AUGCCGGCGACUCGUCCAGAACGAGAAGAAGCUCGCCUCAGGUGGGGUCGCCUCGCCCUCGCCACCCAUGCCCGUACUAGCCCUCAUAUGCCUGGGUCAUCACUGGCGCGGAUUUCUGGGUCGGAUCAAGCAGAGACGGAGGUGGACCCUCUACCGUCGACCACGCCUUCGCGAGACGAGAAUCAGCCGUACCGGGUAUCAGUAGAGGCUGAUCUCGAAGGCACGUCAUGCGUCUAUCAUACCCUGGCCGCUGCUCACACCAUAGGCCAUCGGCGGACACGAACACCCAAAGCACUCGCAGCACCGCCCAAGGAACAGCACCCCAACCCAGCGGAUUGGCCGGGAGUCACGGACGAUGAGACGGCGAAAGGGCUGUCCGGGAGGGCGAACGGGGCGAGAGGUCAGAUCAAUCUCUAG